CUGAGGCUGGGGGAAACCCAAAGGGAGGAGGAAGGGUCUCCUUGUUUAAAACACCCACAGUAGGUGGGGCUUCUCUACCUCUGUAGAGUCUGGUGCAGACACCCUGUCCAGCCGCCCCUCCCCAGCGCACUCAGCUCAGCACCACGUUCCCUGGCUUGCCUCUGAGCCUUUGCACAUGCUGUUCCCUGCCUGAGUACCCAACUCUCCAAACUCAUGCUCCCUCUUUGGUGUCCAGCAGCCUCGCAGCCUCUGCUGACCACCGGACCCCUUGAAGUGGUUACUCACUCGCCCUGAGCCUGCAGCCCUGAGCAGGCUCCCUGACAGCCUCAUCCUGCCGUGCUCUGUGUUUACUUGUUUACAGCCCAGGAGCCUUUCCUCUUCGGUCCCUCUGGGUCCCUGGGCUGGGUGCUGGCACUGUCCAGCACAGAGCCUGCAGGUGUUUCCCAAAUGAAUUGCAGUUACUCAGCUUUGUCUGAGGGCAGCCGGGGAGAGCAGGGGAUUGGCCUAGCCCUGCCCUCAAGAAGCUCAGGGGCUGUCCUGAAGGUUCCCUUGCAGACUCACCCCUCACUCAGACACACUAGCCUGGCCUCCCCUGACAGGACUGGGGUGUGGAGAAGGGGGCUGAGCACUGAACUGGCAGAGGAGAGGAAGGAAGUCUUCCUGGGAGAAGUAGCUUAAGGCCUGGGGGAGGAGAGAGAAGUAGCCCAGGGGAGGGAAGAGGGCAUAGCUUGGCUACCGGGGGCAGUGUCUGGUCAGUGGGGUGCCCUGCAGGGCUGGUCGGCUCCCUUCUCUCUUGUCCUGGGCACUGUUCUGUGGUUGCCUCUCCUUCUCCCCAUCAGGCCAGCAGCAGGGAGACAGGACCCUAGAGAGCAGAGGAGCCCCCACGGUAUCUAAGGCACGUCUUGCCCAACCCCAGCCCCACCUGCCCCCUCACCUCUCAAAGAAUGUCUGCAAGUGUCAUCAUUUUACAUGAAGCAUCUAGAGCAGCUGGUAAAUGGGUUGGUUGGUUGGUGCCCAGGGAGCAUGAGCUGCCACUGUCACUGCUGGGUGCCAGGAUCUGUGCUCAGCGGGCUCCUCCUGACAACCAUGAGAGGCAGGCAUGGAUGCUGGCCCACUUAGCAAUGAGGAAAUCAAGGCUCAGAGAGGUGAAGUCACCUGCCUAAGGCCACACAGCUGGGCCCUGGAGGAACUGGCAGCUGAACCCAGGACUGCAUCUUCUCUGGGCCUAGACUCCCACUCCCUGUCCCAGCUUCCUUCCCUGCCACAGCAGCCGGGCCCAGGGGCUGGCCCCAUAGAUCCCCUGGCAGGUCCCGCCCCAGGCAGCACCGAGGCAGGCCAUCUCCAUCCCUUACGGGGGGCACUGCACAGGGGCAGGCCUCAGUCCUCAGGGGGCAGCCCCCAGUCCUCGAGAGCAUAGCUCCCCGACAGGGACAGGCCAGGCGGGCUGAGGAAGGGGCGGGGACAAGGUGGGCAAACCGGUCGGGCAGCUGGGCUCCCAGCUCCCGGGCCUCUCACCAGCUGGGCCUGCGCUGACUGACGCAGCUGGCGGCGGGCAGUGGGGCUGGUACAGCAGCUCGGCGGGGCAGGGAGCUGGGGCUGUGAAGCUGCUGUCAGACCCCCGGCCACCAUGCACAAGCACUACACCGUCCACUUCGCCAAGGGCUCCCGGCCGCCCACCGACUGCUAUUUCUUGGACCCGGAAAUGGGGCACCAAAAAGGAUGCUGUCAUCAGUGGUGCCAUGACCUAGCAGCACCUGGAGCCCACGGGCCCUGUUGGCCGCUCCCCCAGGCAUGCUGGCAGUUGGCCUACCACAGCCACAGGGGGUGUGUCGGCGGCUGUCGCUGGGGCCCCCAGCCCCCGCUCCUGCAGCAGCAGCAGCAGCGGUGGCAGCCCCAGGCCCCAGCUCCCAGCCCCCUGCGGCAGCGGCUCUACCCUGCCCAAAGGGCCCAGAAGGGGAUGCCUGCCACCUCAACUGCCCCCGUACAACCAGCCAGCGCCCCCCAGCCGCCCCCCGCACCCACCACGGCACACACCACGGCCAGCAGCAGCCCGGCCCUGCCCUCCGCCACCGGCACCCUCCUGGAGCCCAGCAGGCCCACUGAGGCUCGGCCCCUGCCUGCCCCCACUGCCUAUGGCUCCUUCACCUCCUACAGCUCCGAGAUCCUGACAGAGGAUGAUGUCUACUGCAGCUGCCUGGCCAAGACCCUCUGCCACGUGCCCGUCCCUGUGACUGUGGGUUUCUAUGCCCCCUUUGGCUGCCGCCUGCACCUGAUGCUGGACAAGAUCACAGCGCUGAUGCAGCAGGAGGCGACCCAGCGCGAGGCCGAGGAGCUCCAGCGCGUGCAAUGCAGGCCGCGGUCAGUGCGCGGCUGGGGCUUCCCACAGCUUCUGUGGUACCUGGUGUUCCUGCAGCCCGUCAUCACAGAAGUGCACCUGCGGCGCAAGAACGUGAAGUUCCUCUUCAUCCGCUUCAGCGCCUGGCAGUACGCGGGCACGGACAAGCUGUGGGCCGGCCUGGUCACCACGCUGUGCGAGGGCAUCCGCCAUCACUACGGCGCGCUGCCCUUCAGCGUGUACUCGGUGAUGGGCAACAAGCCGGGCGCGACGCCAGGCUUCUGCCAACGCGAGUGGCACUGCCGGCUGCGCGUGUGCCUGGCGCUGCUGGCGCUGCUGGCGGCGCUCAGCCUGGGCGUGGGCCUGCUCUACUUGUCGGUGGGCAGCCGCUCACUGGGCCACGGCGGCGCCAACGGCAGCCUGCUCCAGGUGGUCGGGGGCGCGGCCACCACACUGUCGGGCUCCGGGCUGCUCAUGGCCGUGUACUCAGUGGGCAAGCACCUGUUCGUGAGCCAGCGCAAGAAGAUUGAGCGGCUGGUGUCGCGAGAGAAGUUCGGCAGCCAGCUGGGCUUCAUGUGCGAGGUGAAGAAGGAGGUGGAGCUGCUCACUGACUUCCUGUGCUUCCUGGAGAUCUACCAGCAGUGCCGGCUGCGCGUUGUGCUCGAGGUCACGGGGCUGGACACUUGCUACCCGGAGCGCGUGGUGGGCGUGCUCAACGCCAUGAAUACACUGCUGUCCGACAGCCACGCGCCCUUCAUCUUCAUCCUGGUGGUGGACCCCAGCAUCCUGGCCGCGUGCCUCGAGAGCGCCGGCUCCAUGAAGGGCACGGCCGACAAUGGCUACCUCUUCCUCAACCGCACCGUCACGCUGCCCUUCUCCGUGCCCAUCAUGGGCCGCCGCACCAAGCUGCAGUUCCUGCACGACGCGGUGCAGAGCCGCGACGACCUGCUCUAUCGCGAGAUGACGCGCAAGCUGCGGCCGCCGGGCGGGGCGGGGGACGGCGAGGGCACGCGGCUCCUAGGGGUGGAGACGCGGGCGGGGGCCGAGCGCGCGCAGAGCCGCAUCGACGCCGAGGCCGCGCGCCGCAUCCAGGAGGCGCUCUUCUGCCUGCACGACGAGCGCGACUGCCUCUACGAGUACGUGCCCGACAACGUGGUGUCCAUGCGGCGCAUCGUCAACACGGUGCCCAUCACUGUGCGCCUGCUGCAGCAGCAGCAGCAGGGGGACUUCGUGGGCCCCUCGCCGCGCCAGGCCGUGGCUUGGGUCGUCCUCGCCAACCAGUGGCCAUGCCGCCUCAGCUGGGUGCUGCAGUGCCUGGAGGACCGGCAGCAGGCUGGGGGCGCGCCCGACGCCCGCGCGCGCCUCUGGGACGUGUUCUGCGACAACAGCCACGAGCUGCACACCAUGACCAAGGCGCUGCAGAACGUGCUCGACCUAGACGGCGACCCCGAGCUUUUCGAGCGCUUCCUGGACUCCGACUUCCCCUUCACCGUGGCCGAGGCGCAGAGCCUGCUGCGCUGCACGGUCAACCUGGAUCAUUCCAUCCGCCGCCGCAUGGGCCUCAUCCGGGCGGUCAGUGCGCUCAAGCCGCCCAGCCCACCCAAGUCCCCUGCCCACGACGCCCCCCACGCCGCCAACGGAGCCAACCAAGCCCCACGGGCAGCCGUGUCAGGUCACUUUGCAGGGCACACCCCUGCGCAUGCCAGGGAAGCCCACCACCCCCAGGACUGGGUUCAAUGGGGCAAGCCCAGACCUGUGGCUUAAGCGCCUAUCUCUCCAGGGGAAUCCAGCCCAGGCAGGCUUUGAAUGGAAGACUCUGGGGUGGCAGGAGGCAAUAAUUCCAUCUGUCCAGAUAAGGGUGUAAGGGGGCAUGACUGGGCCAAGACCCAGGGUCGUUUUCAGAAUGAAGCCUGUGGUAGCCAUGAUCCCCAGGGGAAUCUGUGAGCCAGAGAGAGCUGUUGGCAGUAGCCACCAGGAGUGGGCAGUGUAUCAGUGCCAGUGUGAGAGCUGGGGCAGAAGGACCGGUGGCGGAACUCAGGUUCAAGUGCAAUAAAUGAAGAUGUGAAAGCC